AUGGCAAGAAGUGCGGAACCACUUGUUGUUGGCAGAGUGAUAGGGGAUGUCCUAGAGUAUUUCACUCCCUCCAUAAAAAUGACUGUAAUCUAUAACAACAAGCAAGUUUGCAAUGGCCACGAACUCUUUCCGUCGGCCGUCAUCAGCAGGCCUAGAGUUGAGAUUCUUGGAGGAGAUAUGAGAAGUUUUUUCACAUUGGUCAUGACCGAUCCCGACGUUCCAGGCCCGAGUGAUCCUUAUCUGAGGGAGCACCUGCACUGGGUUGUGACAGAUAUUCCAGGCACAACCGAUGUUACAUUUGGUAAAGAAUUGGUAAGCUAUGAGAUCCCACGGCCGAACAUAGGGAUCCACAGGUUUGUGUUUGUUCUCUUCAAGCAGAAACGCAGGCAGACAGUUAACCCACCUCCUUCCCGGGAUCAGUUCAACACCCGAAAUUUCGCAACUGAAAAUGAUCUGGGCGAGCCUGUUGCUGCUGUCUUCUUCAAUGCCCAGCGAGAAACAGCAGCCAGGAGACGUUAA